AUGGAUGCGAGCAGUUCGUCGUCAAAGCCCCGUGAAGCCAUGUCGGGACACUUUCCCAGCAUAUCUACAUCUCCAGAGGCUCUGAGCGCUUCUUCUCCUUCAAGCGACAAAGUUAAUCAGGAGCCUCACAUGCGCUGGCCGCCUCCAACAUUUCUCGCCGGGCAGGGCUUCAACAUGCCGUUCCAGCAACGGGCUUCUAACCCCUUACUCGCUUUUGCUCGCCUUCAGGACAAAUACAAACAACAUUUCGAAACGCGCUAUAGUCCUCAAACCAAUCCUUUCGGCUCCAGUUUCUCUUCGCCAAUUUCAUCAUCAAAGCUCCCGAAACUCAACAGCCAACACUCGUCCUUUUCCACCCGCCUUAAUCAAGAACAGCGCAUAACUGCAAGCCUUCAUGUUCUCCGUCACGUUCAACAAACCCUUCAGCAGCGCUACCAGGAGGCACAAACACAACUCGCCCGCACGGAGAAACUCUUAGAGCAGACGGCAUGGGAUCUCUUCUUCCAGAGCCCCCUGGACUUUAUGUGCCACGAAAUGGAUAUACUCACCGGCGCCCCUACGAUCAACGCCAUUACGGGGGGAAGAAGCAUCAUUCCGCAGGCUCAAGCGUUUCCCGAGAGUGAGGCGUGGAUGAAGAAGCUGGACGACUUGAGGGACUUGCAGGAUGAGGAAUGUGCUGUGAAGAAGAGGAUGGAGAAGACUAUGGGGCAGAUGAAGCGGACGGAUGAGAUGAUGAUUGUGGGCAGUUUGAAGCAACAGGAGUUAUCUUUGCAUCAAAGCAGCCCUUUUCCUUUUGGUGGCCAAUAUGGCAUGGCGCUUCCUCAUCAUUUUCCUGCAGUUCAGACCGUGGCAGUUCCAUCAGGCGUGAUGGGUAUUAACACGGCUGGACCCUCGAAGAGUACGGCAUCUGCUGCGCCAAGCUUGUUUUCAAAUUGGCCACAGUCUGCUGCUUCUCCUGAUGUUAAUCAAGAUGAGGCUGGCAGCAUGAAGAACGCCGAUAGCAGCAGCACGGGUAGUAGCAGCCACUUUGAGGCACGUUGCGGUCCUGACUGCUGUGGACACUUUAGUCAGUGA